CCCAAGAAGCUGUCUUUAUGUCAUUUCUCUCCGUCCAGUUUCGCUACAGGCCGAUGAAAACGAAGGAGUUCAGAAUUGUGUUUCGCCAAUCAUCUCAGUAUCUACGCGCGACGCUUUCUGCAGUCAUUCCUUUGUGCAAACGGAAAUAAGAUCAUCCCGAUAUCUUAAACUAAUUGCGACUGCCUUUUUCGAGACCCUUGUCAAUCCUUAGCUUACGAAAAUGGGCGAUGAAUUCGAUGGAUGCGAGUGCAUUUGGAGCCACGAAAUUGCGAUGCGGCGGCUACUUUCGCUGCUUCGCAAUGGUCAAUCAUAUUGCACAGACAAUGAGUGUAUCGAUUUACCCAACAUGCCAAAUCAGGGGGUUGGGGACAACUUCUUCAUGAUGAUGCUAUUUAUGAUAUUUGCUGUGAUAUUGUAUGUAAUGCGGCCGGCUUCGCUUCGCCGGAGGAACGAUCUGGAUAAGGCACUGCCACCAUCUAACGACGGUCCUAACAACGAUGGCGCUCCACCUGCUGUCAAUUGAUGAAGACGACGUCGAAUAUCCGUCGUUUUUUGAUCCGUUUCAAACGCAAAACUAUUUCUUUCCCGGAUAGAAUUAACGACAACUGCAAAAUUCACUUGAAAUCCUGUGAAUUUAACCGAAACGAACGUAACAUUUCGGAUUGGCAUUCCAAUGGGGCAGAAUUCCUAGCGAUGGUGCCGUCAUUGGUUUUUCGAUGGUUUAAAUCUUCGUCUUUCAUUCCAGAAUCGUGGAAUUUCAAAACGCGAACAACACAACUACUAGAAGCAAAAUAUUCUGAUCGAAUUUUGUAUGAAAAUUGUUUAUUUAUAUUUUUUAAAUUUGUUUUCUAAAAUCGUUUCUACAAAUAUCAAUACUAACUAAAUGUGUUGCGGGUUUUACACAUAUUUGCACUCGAAUGGUGAAAGUAUACAUUAUUUUAAUUAAUACACAUGAAAUCACGAAUCUAAUUCGUUACAAAAAAAACCAAUUACUAUGAUUUACCCACACUAGUUUAAUUCUAUUAUUUCACAGCAGUAGUGCUACACAAACAAUAUACACAUCAUAGUAAGAAAAAAGAUUAUAAACAAGUUAAUUCGAGCGACAAAAGUAUGUAAGUAAUAAAGAAAAAAAUAAAUGAUAUGCGAAUAACAAUGUUCUACAAAUCA